CCCGGGGAGCGCCGGCUGGAGAGGGAGACCGGUCCGCCCCCAGCGCGCGCGCGUCUCGGCGCCAGGAGCCGUCCCGGGGCGUGUUGGCGAGAGCUGAUAUAGAUAUAAGGACAUUUCUCUCCAUGGCGUCACGUGACAUAAUUACCACCAGAAUCAAUCAAGAUGAAUUGCACGUCAGCGCCCGGUGGGGAUUUUUGCUUAGUUGAUCCUGGCCCAAGCCUCUUGUGCAAUCGAUGGCUCAGGUUGGCGGCGCGGGGAGCGGCCCGGGGCUCGCCGGCGCGCACGCCGCGGAGCCAUGAACGACUUUGAUGAGUGCGGCCCGAGCGCAGCCAGCAUGUACCUGCCGGGCUGCGCCUACUAUGUGGCCCCGUCGGACUUCGCCAGCAAGCCGUCGUUCCUGUCGCAGCCGUCGUCCUGCCAGAUGACUUUCCCCUACUCUUCCAACCUGGCGCCGCACGUCCAGCCCGUGCGCGAAGUGGCCUUCCGCGACUACGGCCUGGAGCGCGCCAAGUGGCCGUACCGCGGCGGCGGCGGCGGCGGCGCGGGGGGCGGCGGCGGCGGGGGCGGCCCCGGCGGGGGCGGCGGCGGCGGCGCCGGGGGCUACGCUCCCUACUACGCGGCGGCCGCGGCGGCGGCGGCGGCGGCGGCGGCGGCCGAGGAGGCGGCCAUGCAGCGCGAGCUGCUGCCUCCCGCGGGCCGCCGGCCGGACGUGCUCUUCAAGGCGCCCGAGCCGGUGUGCGCCGCGCCCGGGCCGCCGCACGGCCCCGCGGGCGCCGCCUCCAACUUCUACAGCGCCGUGGGCCGGAACGGCAUCCUGCCGCAGGGCUUCGACCAGUUCUACGAGGCUGCUCCCGGGCCCCCGUUCGCCGGGCCGCAGCCCCCUCCGCCUCCCGCGCCGCCGCAGCCCGAGGGCGCUGCCGACAAGGGCGACCCCAAGACGGGGGCUGGCGGCGGCGGGGGAAGCCCCUGCGCCAAGGCGCCCCCCGGCUCGGAGCCCAAUGGGGCGGCAGAAGGCGGCGGCGGCGGCGGCGACGGCGAGGGGCCCCCGGGGGAGGCGGGGGCUGAGAAGAGCGGCGGCGCAGUGGCCCCCCAGCGGUCCCGGAAAAAGCGCUGUCCCUACACCAAGUACCAGAUCCGCGAACUGGAACGCGAGUUUUUCUUUAACGUGUACAUAAACAAAGAGAAAAGACUCCAACUCUCUCGGAUGCUCAACCUCACUGACCGGCAAGUCAAAAUCUGGUUCCAGAAUCGUAGAAUGAAAGAAAAGAAACUGAACAGAGACCGUCUGCAGUAUUUCACUGGAAACCCCUUAUUUUGAGAGCUCCAGGAAGCACCCCUCUCCCAGAGCCCCACUCACCCACCCACCUCCCCACCAGCCUGCCCUCGGCAGGCCCAAUGUCCUUGGGUUUAAUGACGCCUCUUCUCUGUGGAACUCCACGAGUCCUUCCCACGGUCAACUCGGGACCUCCCAGCGACCACUGCUGCCUGCCGACGAGGCCGGGGACUUGGCCGAAUGGAUCCUAAUAAGGGGAAAAUGGUAAAUGCAAACGUCCCUUUACAAUUUUACCGCCAAUGUGCUGUUGUUCUCGCUCCCUCCCUCCGAGUCCCCGUGGGGACGCUGUGGGAUCUGUAGAGAGUUAGGCCGCUGGGCUGGAAGGCACUUGUUUUUGUUCUGAGUUUAAGGGACCCGGCCAUCCCCCUUGGUGAAUGCAGAUUAUUUAAACUCUGGGAAAUGUAUCUUUGGUCUGUCGUAUCAAGGCAUAAGUCACUGUGUUUUGUGUGAAUAAAUGGUUUCUAGUAAAAUGGAGGUUACAGCUUGAACACACUAUAUGAUUUUUUUCCUCUUUAAAGAAGUUUAGUGUCUGAUUAGGGUAUUUUAGUGGUCAGAACCUUCUCCCAUAUGCAACUGAAAAUCAAGUGAAAUGCUCUUUAAUCCUGCUGAAAUGAGAGUAGCUCUCUCCCACCCUCUCUAGGCUACACUGAUUUGUUAAAAAUCACUUCAGGGAUGAAUUUCUGAACUGAGGAUCUAACCCAGCCAUUCUGGGGCUGCUUUCUCCGGGCAAUCAGGCUGGGGCAGCAGGAACCUUAAGAAGGAAGUCUCUUCCUCCCAUUCCCAGUGUAGUGAACUUGGAAUUUCUGAAAAGACAAAAACCAUUUUUAAAAAAUUGUUAGAAAAUCCAAAUUUACUCCUAACAAGAUGUCAAGGAGCCAGGGUCCCUUAAAAAAAAAAAAAAAAAAAAGCAACCAAAAUUAGAAACCUUCAUGGAAAAUAAUGGUUUGCUAAAAAGGAAGUUACCAGUGGGGAGAGGGAUCCUUGCUAGUGUCACAGCAGGCAUACGGCAGAGAAGGGAAGACCCCUCCCUGGAAUAGGGCCUGAGGCUGCAGACCCACUUCUCACUGCAUUUAUCGCUUCAAGUUAAAGAAUGUGGUGGGGGCUGAACUGCACUUUAUGUUGCAGGGCCAGGCCAGGCUGUUUACAAAACCUUGAACUGUCUAGACAACACCAUAAAAGCCAAAGUUCUAAACAGCUUAAUUGGGUUAUAUUAUACACCUUCUGGUGGGCCCAAAAGAGAUUUCCGCAAUGUGCAAUAAACUGUAGGAGUGAGAAAAGCAUCUCUCCCUCUGAAAAAAGUAAAGUGAAUCGUGACUCUUAACCUCUUCUAAGCCCAAAGUAAAAAAAAAAAUAAAAAAAAAUCCAUAAGAUGUACAGUACUCCAAGCAUCUGCAGAGGAGGUAUGCAUUUCCAAAUGCAAAAUUUUUUUAAUUACCAAAGUUUAGGGGGGGGGAGGAAAAACAUAAGUGCAUAAGUGUAUGCCUUUGAACUUCCAAAAUGUCAAGGUCAUCACCUUUAACCUUUCUGAAUAAUUAGGCGCCUUAAGGUUCUUCUGUGAUAUUCAGCCGCCACCCACUCUCACACACACAUGCUUACACACCUCCAGACCCCCACAUACAUUUAUGACCACACAGCAUCAUAUCAGGGGCUCACCAUAAAUCUAAGCAAAUGCCUUAAUUUCAGGAUCAAUAACCUUAAUUUCCCUUCAAACAUUUGUGUAAUUCAAUAGCACUUGACUUCUUUUUAAAAUACUGGUUAGAUUUAAGUGUCUACCAGCAUGUUUUUUUUUUUUUUAAAUACAGAUGGUAUAUAUACUGAGGUGGAUUUUUUUUUUGGAGGAGGGGGUCAUAGAUAGCAAUCCCCUUUGCUCUAAUGAAAAACCAUGGCUUUAAAAGCAGGCAUUUGAAAGAGGAAGCUCUAGUCAGAUUUACAGCUUCGCUAUAUUUGAAAAAAAAAAUGUUACCCCGUCAGAUAAAUUACCGAACUUUCUUUGAAUAUGAAAAUAUUCCUUUUACAAAACUGAAAAUAUUUAUAUUGUUUUCCAAAGUGUCCCUCAACCUUUGGUGAACAUGGCAAGAGAAACAAAGCCUACAAUCGAAUAAUUUCGUUCGGAAGGGGAUUCCUUUGUGUGGAAUUCUGGGCGUCCGUUAAAAUGUCAAUGCCCUAGUAGUAUGAUCGUUGCAGGAGCUUAAAACUGCUUUAUU